AUGUUUGCAAAACUAAAGAAGAAAAUUGCAGAAGAGGCUGCUGUUGCUCAGAGGCCAGGAGGUGCUACUCGGAUCCCACGGUCAAUGAGCAAGGAAUCAGUUGCUUCUAUGGGGGCUGACUCAGGAGAUGACUUUGCUUCUGAUGGAAGCAGCUCCAGAGAAGAUCUUUUGUCCCAGCUUCUAAGAAGGAAUGAACAAAUACGGAAGUUAGAGGCCAGACUUUCUGACUAUGCUGAACAGGUCCGAAACCAUCAGAAGAUAAAAGAGAAGCUUGAAAUUGCAUUAGAAAAACACCAGGAUUCUUCCAUGCGGAAAUUUCAAGAGCAGAACGAGACAUUCCAAGCCAACAGAGCCAAAAUGGCAGAAGGACUGGCUUUGGCAUUAGCCAGAAAGGACCAGGAAUGGUCAGAAAAAGUAGAUCAGCUUGAAAAGGAAAAAAGAUUUUUGACAGUUCAGCUACAGGAAGUGAAGAACCAGAGUUUAAAUCUUUUCCAAAAGAGAGAUGAAAUGGAUGAAUUAGAGGGAUUCCAGCAGCAAGAACUAAGUAAAGUAAAGCAUAUGCUUUUAAAAAAAGAAGACUGUCUGGGGAAACUGGAGCAAGAACUGGAAACACGAACCAGAGAACUCAGUCAAACCCAAAAGGAGUUGAUGGUCUCCAAUCAGAUGUCUUCUGAUUUAAGCCAGAAGUUAGAAGAAUUGCAGAGACACUGCUCAACGCUGGAAGAACAGAGAGAUCAUGCAACCACUUCAAAAUCAAGUGCAGAAAAUAAGAUCACAGCCUUGGAGCAAAGGGAACAAGAGCUCCAAGCAUGCAUUCAGCAACUUUCCAUUGACUUGCAGAAGGUCACUGCUGACACUCAAGAGAAAGAAACAUUCAUCACGUAUUUGCAAGAGAAGAUAACAUCCUUGGAGAAGAGGCUGGAACAGAACUUGUCAGGCGAAGAACAUGUGCAAGAACUCCUAAAGGAGAAAAUAGUUGUUGAGCAGAAUUUAGAGGAUACGAGACAGCAGCUGUUGGCAGCCAGAAGCACCCAGGCCACAACCAUUGGCAUCCUGGAGACUCGGGUGAAAGAACUAGAGCAGUCCCUCCAGGUUUCUGAGGAGAAGUUAAAGCAGAGCAGUGAAGUUGUGGCUUCGCGGGAGGCUCAGAUUCAAGCGCUUUCCAUCGCAAAUGAAGACAUCACAUGUGCUCAACAGCAGGCUGUCACGGCUCAGCAGAAGUGCACAGAGCGUGUUCACGUGCUGGAGGCCCAGAUAGCUGCCCUGGAGAGAGCACAGGCAGCUGACACAGCAGCCAUGAAGCAGGAGAUGAAAGAGCUGGAGCAAGAAAAUACAGCCCUUAAAGAAAGUAGGAAUCAAUGUGAACAUUCUUUACAACAUCACCAACUUGAACUAAAGAAGCUAAAGGAAGAAUGGAGCCAGAGAGAAAUCGUGAGUGUGGCAAUGGCUCAAGCCCUGGACGAGGUGCGGAAACAAAGGGAAGAGUUCCAGCAACAGGCUGCUGACCUGACAGCAAUAAUCAGUGAGAAGGAGCAGAGUCUGGAAGAAAAAACUAAAGUGAUUCUCCAGAAAGAGCAGGAGAUCCUCCGGCUGAAGGAAGGUCAUGACUCUGCCCUGCUGCAGAUGCACGAGAUGCAGAGUGAGCUGGAGGCCCUGAGGAGUCUGAGAGCAGAGGAGCCCGGGGCAGCUGCUGCACCCGAGGACCUGCGUGGGCUGCCUGGCCUGGAGCAAGGGCCAGCGCUCUCGCUCACUGAGCCUCACGUAAGUCCCAUGUCUAUGACUUUGAAGGACACUGUGUACCAGCUUUCAGCUGUAGAGGGAACACCAAAUGGUGAAGUUGGAACCAUGGAUCUAGGGCAGCUGCAGAAGGAAAAACAGGACUUGGAGCAGCAGCUUAUAGAGAAAAACAAGAUCUUAAAGCAGAUGCAGCAGAGAAUGCUGGAACUCAGAAAGACUCUGCAGAAGGAACUGAAAAUCAGACCUGAUAAUGAGCUCUUUGAGGUCCGGGAGAAAACUGGCUCAGAGGUGCCAAACCUAGCCCCAUCUGUCACAAGUAAUACUGACCUGACCGAUCCUCGAGAGAUCAACUUUGAGUACCUGAAACACGUUGUUCUAAAAUUCAUGUCCUGUCGAGAAUCUGAGGCAUUUCAUCUUAUAAAAGCCGUGUCAGUACUGCUGAACUUUUCACAAGAAGAAGAAAACAUGCUCAAAGAAACACUGGAGUAUAAGAUGUCGUGGUUUGGCUCCAAACCUGCUCCCAAGGGCAGCAUCCGGCCAUCUAUCUCAAGUCCUCGGAUACCAUGGUCUUAG